AUUUCAGGUCAGAGGAGGGUGGAAAUGAUUCGGAAGGUCAAUUGCAAGGGACGACUAUGACGCGUUUCUUACGCGACAUUGAAGGAAAGAUUGUGCAAAAGGAAAAGGAAUGCCGCAAAUCGUUUAACUUACUCUACAAUGCAAGUAAACAUGGAUGCUGUCCAUGUGUGUUUCACAAGCUUUGCGAUGCAAAAGGUCCAACGGUCACGAUACUUAUCGGGACUCAAAAUAUCAUGUUUGGUGGUUACACAAGUCAGUCCUGGACAUCCGAAAAUGGCUCUUUUAAAAGCGACAAGAAUGCAUUUCUUUUUUAAAAAGAAGACAACGAUAGAAAUCCAAUGAGGAUAUUUGAAAUAGCACCGGAAAAUCAUCAAUGGGCAAUAUACUGCCAUCGAUACAAUGGUCCAACUUUCGGAGGAGGCCGUAUGACAAGUCAUGAUUUACUUACGUUUGAAUCAACGUUUAUAGAUAGGUUGAUUUCGGAUGGCAAGAUAAAAUCAAAGAACAAUGUUUUUCACUUAAAUGGAAAAACAAACAUAGGAAGCGUAUACAAAAGCAGUAAAAACGACGCCGAUCCCAUAGCCACCAAUGGGGGAAAGAUGACUGUGUCCGACGUCUAUGUGUAUCAAGUUCUAGAUGAGCCGGAAAUAGUGAUAGACCAACUGAAAAUCUACAUAGAGCAGCAUGAGGGCGUAGGUUCAAGCUCCACUAGGACCAAACUAUUUUUGCAUUUCUUUUUUUCUAUAAUGUUGCCACAGAACAAAAAGGAGAGAGAAUUCAAGCGAAAUACAGAUAAGUUGUUGAACAAACUUUUCUAUUUAGUUUGCUACGUUUGUAUAAAAAAAAUGAAUAAAUAAAAUUAUUGUCCACUAAAGGUUAUGAAUUAUUUCAAAUACUAAUUCUUGCGUUAUUUAUGUCGAACAAUCAUUGGUCAUUUAAUAAUACAAAAAAAACUGGGUCCUUCCCAAGAGUCUCCCCCACUUUUGUUGAAAAGUAGCAACAACCAUCAUUCUUGGUUUGUUGUCAAUUAAAUCUGAUUAAAAUCAUUUCCAAUUAACGCUACGCAUUGGAUAUGAAGACAGGCUAUUGAGACUCACGUUGACCAAUCAGAGCCUUACUUUCAACAUUUUGAAAGUGAAAGUAGAUGUUAAAAAUCUGUAUUUUUGUAUUUAACCUAGGUUUCCAGAAUUCAAUAUGUGAUUAUCACGUACGGGUUUAUAAUUCUAAUGAGAAAACUUUAGAACCACAUGAGAAUUAGUUAUUUUUCUUUUUUCCCAGUCAAAAUUGAAAAGCGUUUGUAAGGGGUACCGGACGUAAACUGCCUUAACCAUCGAUAAGUUCGUGUUCCUCUGUGGUGCAUUGGUUAAGAAGGCAGAAAAAUAUUUAUUUAAGGCAAAAUCCAGAGUCCAGUCCCUUUUAGCCAAACGCUUACUGAAACGAGUCGUCUGAUUGAUUUUAAAUAAAAAUAGAUUGGCGGAGAUAAAAAUAGAGAUACUGGAAAUCCGAUUAUACAGAAAGAUCUGUGUUAGGAAGAUGCUAAUAAAAAUGACAAAAAUACGCUUUUAAGUACUUUGAACAUCCUACGCAUAAAUCGCUAAAAACUAGCUUAAAGUGUGUGCUAUUCAGAAACCAGUGAUGAUAUAAUGUGACCAAAGUUUGGCCCGAGUACUUCGUUUCAGAGCAGAAUAUAGCAGUAUCUGAUCACCAGAUCAUGUGUCAAUUUUGUAAUGAGUGUGAUGCCGGCAUCCUAAAAAUCUGUCAAAAUGCACUAAACCUACCAUCUUUGUUCAAUGUAUCCUCAAUUCUCCUGAACGAUGUGAAUUACAGAAGUAACAAGAAUUCGAGCCCUUUUUCAUACCCAUGUAAAAUGCUCAAAUUCCGAUUUAAAUCAAUUUGACUGGUCUUCGUCGGCAGAUAAUGCAUAUUUUGCUAAACCUGAUUUCAAAUUCGCUCGAACCAAUCGUUUCAGUGCAAGUGCAUUUGUAACUGAAAACCCAAACAUGUUUAACGUUUGCAAUAAGGCCUUCCUGGGCCGUAUGCCGUCAGCAUCAUAAAAAUCCGUUAUAAUAUUAUAUAUACUGUUUUGGAAAUACAUACUAGCAGUAUAUCGACAUGUUUUAACGCAUCCUCAGGAUCUCCUGAACGAUGUGAAUUACAACAAUAACAAUGAUUUGCGCUAAUAUUCUAGCAAAUGAGAAAUGUCCAAAAUUACGAUCUCCGAUAGCUCUCUGUCGGCACAGAAUGCUUUAACUGCUAAAAUUGUUUUCAAUGUGUGUCUCAUACUGUCCCUGACGAUGACUAGGUAGAAAGAAUUUUUGCUUGAGUCAAUCGUUCCGGUGCAUAAUACAGCAGAAACUGAAUACCCAAACAUGUAUUAUUUUCGUUAAAAGGCCUUUUUAGGACGUAUGCUGUCGGUAUCCUGAAAAUGUAUGAUGUAUCUUUACAUGUUUUUUUAUCUUUACUGAACAUGCAUAUCAAAUAUCGACAUGGUUUAAUAGAUUCUCAAGCCGGCGUGAAUAAGGAUAAACACAAGCCCCGUUUAAACCCCUUGCUACCACUGCCAAGUUUAUGCUACAAAACGUCCCAUUCCAAUUUCUAGUCUGCUAUGAAACAACUUGCGUUUAAACUUGCUCUCACACAUACACACACGCAAGCAUUGAUUGACACAAACAUUUCAUGUUGAUUUCAUUAUUAAAAGCAUUUGAAUGCUUUUUGCUGAUGCUCCGUCAGUUAUAUUUUUCCAUAGAUUUGUCAAACCGAAAUUAUCUCUGUCUUGAUCAUGUUGCUCUUAUUUUCAAGUCUUUCAAGGGGGUUUCUACUAUUAUUUUUAUGCACUUUUUCAUUGUUUACAAUAAAUAUUGAAAUAUUUUAACGUCAAGAUAUUCUUCGAUGGUUCGUGCUAGACAUAAGGUUGAGUACUUGUAUACAAAUGUUUUAUACGUUUUAUUCUAGGACCCUCGUCUAAGAGAAAAAAAGGAAAAGCUGCGAGAACUAAAUGACUCGCUCCAUUGUAAAUAUAAAACGGAUCAUAUCAACAUAUUCCUGCUUGGUGAAGUCCGUUCUGGAAAGUCAAGUCUUUAUAAUACAUUAGCAACAGUCUUAUGCGAAGAAGUUGUCAAUUCAGCAUUGACCGGCCCAGAACAAUCAAGUGUGACGACUAGAUUACAUCGUUAUGAAUUAAAGACGGAAAAGGGAUAUGACAUGCCUAUCCAAGUUAUAGAUAUCCGAGGAUUCACUAUGGACAGAGAUUAUGAACAUGAAAUAGACAAAAUACUGGAUGGGAAUGUGAAACCAGGCUAUGAAGUUUUAUUUUACUUUUACAUUUUUUUGUAUUUAAUUUGUUAUCAGACUUAUAAAAGAGUAGUAUAUAUCAAAUCGAUACCUCCCUCGUUUCAUAGAAGUGCCACUUAUGCAAAUGAGGGACAUUCUAAAGAUAGAAUGUCCAUGAUGGUAGUUGAGAUUUAAAUAGCCCUCAUAAACUUUUAACGCAAAGAAGUACAUAUAAAGUCUAAAUAUAAACACGUUAAACUUUAAAAUCUUUAUAAUAUUCUUUUGAUCACCUAUUAACUGUAAUCAUAUGGACAGAUCUGUAUUCUAUGUUUGUUAAGUACUUUUAUCAAAACUUUCUGUGAAUGCAUACAUUCAUAAUAUCCGUCAAUUACCCCAUUUGUUAAAAACAAAUAAGAAAUAUACGAUUGAUUUGAGAUAAAAAUUUCACAAAAAACAAAUUGACCGGUAAACAUUUUGAAUAAGUAUUAACUACAGGCUUUUAUUUAAUGUUAAACAUUCUGAAGUUAAAAAAAUUGUAAAUCUUUUUUUCUUAAUUUUUACCCAGUUUGGCGGUAAAUCUAAGUAAAUAGAUAAGGAGAACACAUUAGCAGGAGGGCCAUAUAAAAUACACGUGGUUUGUUUUGUUGUUGACGUUACACAAGUUCCAAGACAACAACAUUCAAAAAUGGUUACGCAAAUUCGAAAAAUGAAAGAAAAAAUUCGGAGUAGAGAUCUACCUGUCAUUGGUGUUGCUAAAAAAAUUCGAUGUGCUUUGUCCCCAAAUCCAGGAAAACGUUGCAAAUAUUCAAAAAAGCGCAAAAGCUUUGGAUGCGGUAAAGCGUGCGGCAGAGUAUCUAGAAAUUCAAGAAAAAUGUGUUUUUCCCGUUGUAAACUAUACAGAAGAUACAGUUAUUGACAAAGCAAAGGACAUGCUCAUUUUGAAAGUGUUGGACUGUAUUGAGGAACAAGCAAAUGAUUAUCUAGAGCAAGAUUUAGACUGGCAAAGCGAACCGUCAAUGUGGACCAGUCGUAUUGAUUCACUCGAAAACAAAAAUGUGGUGAAAAGUAAAGAAGAGCUGCUUAGAAAAAUGAUGGGUGUUGAAGAAAGCGUUCGCAUCUUAUGUGUUGGUAGAACUAACACUGGAAAGUCAAGCUUUAUUGAUUCCGUUAUGUCUGCGCUGUCGGGUGAGAUCUCUUGUUGGGCAACUGCAGGAUAUACGCAGUCAAAGAAUGAAGAACGUGUUGGCAUUCCGGAUACAAAAAAGUACAUUCCGUACCAGCUGAAAGUUUCUGCAAAUGGAAAUGAAACACAAAAGACAAAUGUGUACCUAUGCGAUAUGCCUGGCAUACAUGAGACAAAUGGUGUACAGUUCAAUCAAAUAAAGUGUGUCAUAGAAGGACAUGUUCCGAGUCGGUAUAAAGUCCUCUCUGGAAUUAACGAGGAGAGCCCAGAGUACGUCAAGAAACCCGGAAACAGAGAUAAAAUCCAUUGUGUUUGUUUAUUCUUUGAUGGAAAUGAUGUCUCGGGGCGUGAAAUGAAAUGCAUUCAGGAGCUGAAAAAUUUGCUGCAAGACAAUGAUAUACCACUCAUUGCUGUGGUUACAAAGAUUGAUUUACUUGGCGUAGAACUUAAAGCAGGUUGUCCAAGCCCAUAUGGUGACCAGAGACUGACAAAUAGCAUAGUGGAUAUUGCAGAGAAGUAUGGAUUCAGAAGGAAUACUGUGUACCCGGUCAGAAAUUAUGUACAUGAAUGCACUGUAAACGGAACUAUGGACGCUCUACUUCUUGCUGUUUUCAUAGAAAUGCUGAAGCUGGCAAUUGAAACUAAAAGAAACCUUGACGCAGACGGAACUGCAGUUGAUCUUCCAAAUGUUUAGCGGAUGAUCAAUCUACUUGAUUCGUUAUUAUCUAAUGGAAAUAUUUUCUUUAUAAUAUCAAACAUUUUAGUGUUCCUAACACUUGACAUUUUACCACAACUUUCGGAAAGCAGUGACAUAUGAAUGCUUAGACAAAUGUAUUUAACAAUUGCUUGGAUCGAGAGUAAGUUUAGUGUGGAAAAAUCUCUAAAACAUUUAUUUUGUCGCUCUUUUGAUCUGUAUACGCACACGGACAAACCCUCACCUUCCACAAAAUUCCAGCACAUGUCAAUAUCGUUUCUCAUUUUUGCAUACUUCGUCUUUGCACAUGUAUUUACAGUACCACCAACGUAAAUAUUUGAUUUAAAUCAAUAUAAUUGUAAAUAUUUUAAAUAAAUAAGGGUAUAUGGGAAAGAAAUGUGUAAAUUAGAAAACAUUUUACAUUUAAAGUUUGUUCUUAUAGAUGAUGUGUACGUCAAUGAUAAAUUCGUUGACUUUCACCUGUUUGCCUUUGUUUUAUACAUUUAUCAAACAUAAAUCAUAGGAUUGACUCUUGUCAUCUUUUUGUAUGCGAUGACAUAAUGUAUAUUGCUAUGACGUAAUAAUAUAACUAGUACUGUGUCGUUUUGGUAUGCAUUAUCAUUUAAGACAUAAGAAGGAUGGGAGAAGUGCCGUACUAGUAUGUAGUCCUGAUAUGUGCACUAGUAUAUUAAUAAAUCUCUGUUGUCUGUCAUUAACAAAUGUUACGAAUGCACUAAUAUAUACUUGUUUCUUGUUUAUAUUUCUGUUGUGAAACUUUGGGGUUUUUUAUUUUUUAAUUUUUUCACUAAACUAAGAAAUAGUGAAAUGUUUAAAUACAAUAUUGUCUAAAACACUUUGCUUAAAGCGUUAAAUACGACUUUGAAAACAGCCAAUCAAACUUAAAUAUAAUAUGUCAUGUUUGUGUGCCAAUGUAUAUUUUUGUAUCAAUCCUCGCUUUCUCAAUUUCUGCGCUGAGUUUCGAAUUUUGCAUAGUUCUUUUGUUGUUAACAAUUCUGUUUGUUUUGGAUUUAACGCCGUUUUUCAACAGUAUUUCAGUUAUGUAACGGUAUGUGCAUGAACUUAGCCAGAGCAACCAGAGUAGCCAGGGUUAGGGUUAGGGUUACUCUGGCUGUUCUGAUUGCUCUGGCUUAAUUCCCACACCCUAUAAUUGCGGACAGGUAACUGAAUCAGUUUCCUUAUUGAAUUAUUUCUCCUUGUUACAGUAUAUAAUUAAUACAAUAGGGUUAUUAUAACAGUAGCUCGAUCUGGAUGCUGAAUGGAUUUUUGUUGAAUCUGAUCUCAUGAGGCGGGCAAGCGUCGACAUUGAUCCGACCUUGAAAAAUCCACGAGAGCUGAAUACAAAAUCCCAGAUCUAGCUACUGUUAUAAUGACCCUUUUAUAUACCUCUACCGUUUUGUUUGUUGUUUUGUUAUUGAAUGAAAUCUUCCAUGUUUAUGAUAAAAUGGAACUAAAUGGUGAAGUGUUUAUGUCCGCUAUUUAUUGAACUGUGUCAGAUCGUGCACAUUAAUGAUAGUAGUCCGGCAGCACACAAUGCGGCAGGUACAAUAAGGAUUUUAAAAGGUACAAUAAGGAUAUUUUUCUGUCUGUUCAUAUUUAAUUGUGAAAUACAAGCCGAUAUUUUACAGAAUUUAUAUAGGUUUAUAAAAAAUGCUAUAUAAAUAAGCACUAUAGAUUUUACAUCGUUGAAUAAAACCACUUUAAAACGUAGGCGUGCAAUUUACUCAGCAGACAACACUUAUUUGAGCUGUACAUUUUGGACAGAGUACUAGAUAUCAUGACAAGCCACUUAUAUCGUAAGUUGUUAUUAUCUAUAUUGCGUUUUAACUUGAACUUUAGGAAAAGUCCUUCUGUGUUUCAUCUUAAAUAAAUUAAGAUAUAGGUAGAUGUGUUUUUAUCAGAUUGCUCAAUUUGGUCCAUUUAGAAAGAUCAAAGCUAUAUAAAAAUUAUUUUUGCGCAGUACAAGCAAGACAACUAGACUGGAGAAUGAUAGUAAGUCUUACUGACUUUUGGAAGCUUCAAUUAACUAUACAGUCAGUCAACGCAAUAAUCUAUACUAUAUAAACAUUGCAAAAGUUUUUUAUUUACAGGUCUUGAUGUAUGUUAUCUGACAUUUAUUCUUCGGGGUUAUGCAUAAGUAUGUAGAAAAAAAGAAAGGUGAAAACAUAUUUCCUUGAAUGUCAGAUUAGAGUGCUGCAGAACUCUACUGUUAAAAUUCAACAACCCCAAGUGUUUUCUUUUCUCGGCGUCUUAAUGAAGAUUAAAAUGAGUUUAGGAUCAAGGAAAAUGUUUUCCUAUGUAUUUGGAUUUAGUAAAGAAUAGGUAGAAGCUUCCUUUAAAAAAUGGAAUUUUGUUGUGUUCAACGCAUGAAAUAGCAUUAAUGAAUUCCGUUCUAAAAAUAAGAGAAAAACACACUAUGAGAAAACCAACAUAGUGCGUUUGCGACCAGAAUGACUCCAGACCAGUCUG